GGUGAAUGUAGUAUUCAUGAAAGAGGGGCAGGAUAGUCAUUUUCUCUUCUCAUAUAUAUCUAUCUUUUUCAGUCUUUAGCAUAACCAAGUGCAUCAAGAACCUUCAAAGCUCAAUAUCACAUUCUUUUGUUCUCUGUUUACCCACACAAUAAUUUAUAAAAAUAUGAUAUGUAAUAAUAGUUUUCUCUCGGUGGCAGACCUCAUUAUCCUCAAGUUUAAGAUUCUGCUUCUUUUUGUUUUCUGAACUCUGUAACUUUGCUUUUCUUGAAGAAAAUAGAGAAAAUAAGACAGAGAGAGUUUUUGUCCAGCAUGAAAUGUUGUCCUCAUUCUUGCCUUGCUGAAAACAGAUAUGUGUACUGAUUAUUGAUAGAUAGUAAAAUAAAAUGAAAAUGAGUGGUCGAUGAAGGAAAUGAUUUUGAUGAGAGUGUUGUUUUUCAAGAAGAGAGAGUGUCCUUUCAAUUUCAUGUGUUUCUGCAAGCCCUCAGCUGCUCACGUUUACAAUUCAGUCCCUGCAGAAUUGGAAAAUUCUGUAAAUGUGAUAGCUGAGGACUCUGAAAAGUCGUCAUCUGGGGUUGAAGAGGAAAUCUUCAAAGGCGAAGAUGCAAAUGGGAAUUGUGAAGCUGUGGAUUUAGAUGUAUUCAAAAGCUGUAUCAGAAAGCCCGAUUCGGCCCGGAAAAAAAGAGUGCAAUGGAAGGAUAAGUUAGGCAAGGAACUUGCUGAGGUCAAGGAGUUUGAAUCCAGCCAAACAGGGGAUACCGAUAGCGAAGAGGAAAUCAGCAGUUGUCUUUGUUGGGAGAAGCAUAUUCAGAAGCAUUUAUCUUUUACUAAGUUUAUGCAUUUUCUGUCUAUUGAUAACCUCUCAACUUUGAACCAACAAAAUUCUCUGGGGGGAAAAGAGCUUUAG